AUGGCGUUCAAUCCGCGAAUGUCGAUUCUGCCGCCCGCGCAGCCGCAGUCGCGCACGCGCAAGAAGGAGGAGGAAGCGGCCUACGCCAACAUGCGGCUGCCAGACAGGGAGAUCGUCGGGUGCAUCAACGAGCUGGGCAUCCCGUUCACCGUCGCCGACCUGCAGAAGCCGAGCCCGAUCCAGGUGCAGAUGAUCUUCGAGUGGUUCGGCGAGCUGCUGAUGAACAAGACGCGGCAGACGGUGGACCCGGGGAUGCGGGCGGCGGCCGAGGACGUGUGCGGCGGCGACCUGGGCGACGCGCUGAUGCCGCCCGACACGCGCAACCUGAUGGGCUUCUACGCGUCGCUGCAGCGGCUGAUGCUCGACUGCGGCGUCAACGACUUCAACUUUAUGGACCUGUACAAGCCGACGCACGACCGCCUGGUCAAGAUCUUCAGCUACGUCAUCAACUUUGUGCGCUUCCGCGAGAGCCAGACGAGCGUCAUCGACGAGAACUGCAACCGCGCCGAGAACGCAAAGUCGCGCAUCGAGCAGCUGUACGUCGAGAACCAGAACAUGGAGGCCCAGCUCGACGACAUGCGCGACAACCGCAGGGCCAUGGAGGCCCUGGUGCAAGAGAAGACGCGCCGCAACGAGGACCUCAAGAAGCGGCUGCUCGAGCUGCGCCGGAGCCAGGAGAAGGCGGCUACGCGUCUCGAAGACGCCAAGACGAAGAAGGGCGAGCUGGCGGGCGAGCUAGAAGAGAAGACGGCGGCCAAGCUGGCGCUCAAGCAGGAGAGCGCCAAGCUCCGCCCCUACACCCUCCAGAGCCCACAGGCCCUCCAAGCGAGCCUCACGGAGCUGAGCAACAUCUUGGGCGGGGACAAGGCGCACAUUGACGCUUUGGAUCGGCGGGCGCGGGCUCUCCAGACUUCCAACGACUCCUUCGCCGUUGUGUCCACGGACGUGGCGUCGUGCAUCAAGCUCCUAGACGAGAUCGCAAACGAGUUGGCCAAGGAGGAAGAAGAAAACGCCAGAAACGUCAAGCAGCGAGACGCGCUUGUCGAGCGUGGGGCGAACGUGCGCGAGGUCCAGCUGACAGAGGGCAUGCUGCGGCGGCAGCUCACCAAGUGGGCGGACCGGACCGAGACUCUGCGCACCCAGAGUCAAGAAAAGGCCCAGCGGGCCAAGGAGAAGAUGGAGGAGCUGCGGGCGGUGCACAAGAAGCUGACCGAAGAGCGAUCCGAGAAGGGCAAAGAUGUCGAGCGGAGGAGAGUCCGGAUAGAACAGAUCGAGAAGAAGAUGCUGGACCUCAAGGAGAAUAUCGAGAACGAGGUCCACGCGGCUCACGACGAGUACCUCAAGAUGGAGUCGCACAUCAAGCUGUACAUCACCGAGAUGGAGCAAGCCACCUGA